AUUUGAGAUUCCAGCCACAACACAAGAUGCCCCCCAAGAAUACACGCGGACGACGUGGAGCGACCUCCAAGGGUGGCAAGGCGGCGAAGAAGGACCCAACUGCCGAGUCGGCCCCAAUCGAGCGCACGAUGGCGGACAAAUUGGCCGAUGACGGUAUCAUUGCUACGUGCGCCAUGAGCGCACGAGCCGUGCACUCCAACUUCAAGGACAUCAACGUGUUGGACUUCUCCAUCACGUACUAUGGUAAAGUGUUGAUGGAAAGCUGUGACAUCUCGCUCAACUACGGUCGUCGCUACGGUCUCAUCGGGCGCAACGGGUCGGGCAAGUCAACCUUUAUGAACGUGUUGGGUGCGCGCGGUGUUCCGAUCCCGGAAAGCAUCGAAAUUUACCAUUUGAAGCACGAAAUUGAAGCGACCGACAUGACGGCCCUUGAAGCUGUGACGUCUGUGGAUGAAGAGCGCAACCGGUUGCAAGCCGAAGUGGACCUGCUGUCGGAAAAAAUGCUGGACGAGAGCAUAAGCGACGACGAAAGCGAAGCGAUUACGAACCGCUUGACCGACAUCUACGAACGUUUGGACGAAAUGGAUGCCGACACGGCCGAACUCCGCGCUCGUACAAUUCUUGCCGGUUUGACGUUCUCGGACGCCAUGAUGCAAAAGAAGACGCGUGAAUUUUCCGGUGGGUGGCGCAUGCGCAUUGCCCUCGCCCGCGCACUGUUUAUCCAGCCGACGCUCUUGUUACUCGACGAACCGACCAACCAUUUGGACAUGGAAGCUGUCGUGUGGCUGGAAGACUACCUGUCCAAGUGGAAGAAGAUUCUGCUCAUGAUUUCGCACUCGCAGGAAUUCAUGAACACCGUGUGCACCAACAUCAUCGACCUCAAGAACAAGAAGCUCGAGUAUUAUUCGGGAAACUACGACACGUACGUCAAGACGAAACAAGAAAAAGAGGAAAACCAGAUGAAGAAAUAUGCGUGGGAACAGGACCAAAUCAAGCACAUGAAGGACUACAUUGCGCGGUUUGGUCACGGUUCCGCCAAGCUCGCUCGCCAAGCGCAAUCCAAGGAAAAGACUCUGGCCAAGAUGGUGCGCGAAGGGUUGACGGAAAAGGUCGUGAAAGAAGUGGAAGGCGACUUCAAGUUUCCCAACCCGGAACGCCUCCCGCCCCCUGUCCUCAUGUUUCAAGACUUAGCCUUUGGCUACCCCGGCUGCCCGUUGUUGUACCAAGGUGUCGAGAUGGGCCUGGACAUGGACUCCCGCGUUGCUUUAGUCGGAGCGAACGGGUCGGGCAAGACGACCUUGCUGAACUUGAUCACGGGUCAACUGAUGCCUGUUCACGGUAACAUCCGCCCGCACUCGAAGCUCCGCGUCGCUCGCUUCACGCAGCACUUCGUCGAUGUCCUGGACUUGUCCAAGAGCCCCCUCGAGUACUUUCGAACGAUCUUUCCCACCAAGUCGGUGGAAGAAGUGCGAUCGUACUUGGGUCGGUAUGGGAUCUCGGGUGAGGUGCAGUCGCAAGUGAUGGAGCAGUUGAGUGACGGGCAAAAGUCGCGGGUGGUGUUUGCAUACAUUGCCCACCAAAACGCGCACAUUUUGCUCUUGGAUGAACCGACAAACCACUUGGAUAUGGAAAGUAUCGACGCCCUCGCGCGCGCGAUCAACAUGUUUGAAGGCGGCAUGCUGCUCGUUUCCCACGACAUGCGGCUGAUUUCGCAAGUCGCCAAGGAAAUCUGGCUCGUCGAAGACCAAAAGAUCAGAGUGUACGAAGGCGAGAUUUCCGAUUUCAAGAUGCGCGUCAAGAAGCAGCUGAAGUUGGUUUAGGAAACGAUCGAAUACCGCUUAGAUUGGUGUAUAUAUAUGCUACCUUUUUGGACCAAA